CAGUCUUCAGACCUUAUGCAAACCAGACUCGUCAAUCAAACCAGAAUGUCAAUCACCUUGUUUACGUUAUUGGUUCUUUGUGCAGGCGCAACUUUGGGGCUUAUUGUGCCCCAACACUACUGCGAUGAACACUUCAGAUAUGCGAUGAAAAACGAAGAACAGAUCUAUAUAGGCAUUUUCUCGGCCCCCAACGCGGCACUAAAAGUAAAUUCAGUUUUAAACUGGCGGGCGACAUUCGAAAUGGAAGGAAAGCGCGACUUGUUUGUGGGUCCAAUGAACACGUAUCCCAAUAAGACUGAGGCCGCCACAAACAUUGUAAGGGGAAUGCCGGCCGAGGUUUUUGUGGAGUUCUUGAACAUCACCACCGCGCUGCCCAAGUUGACAUCUUUGUAUAUCAACGAUCGACAAGUGUGCUCCAGUGAAAAAUACCCAUUUCCCAAGACCAGAAUUACUCUAACGCAUCAAAUGACAUUUAGAGUGAAAAAUAAAGCUAAAAACUCUUUGUAUAUUUAAUACUAUA